UCAAUAUUUUCUCUCAGAUUGACAAACACUAAACAGCAGUCAAGGAGGCACUAGCGGUAGCCACGAAGCAGCUGAUUCUGUUUUAACCCAAACAAAACAAACGGAUAACCCAGGAAUAAUUCUUGAACUGUGUAAAAUGGUGUAUGGUCUCACUUAUGAUAUUUACUGAACGUAAGAAUAAACAAGUUCUACUCGAGGAUUGUAGGAUGAAUGAAAGAGAUCAUGUUUGUUUCUAGUUCUUCGUAAUGUCUGUAUAUUGGAGUAAAACCGCUCCAGUAAAGCACAGUUGGAGCGGAGAAGGAAGGAGAUCAUCUGAGAUACAGUGUUUAGAACGGAUACCUCUCAUGAAACAGAUGGAGCACAGGGUACCUCUUAUCAACAGCUUGGAGCUACAGCUCAGAUUUCUAAGUCCACAAGACAUUGAUCAAGUAAAGAUAUUAUGCCGGAGCUGGUUUCCAAUAGACUACCCAGAUACCUGGUAUCAGGAGAUUACAUCCAACCCUAGGUUCUACUCCCUUGCUGCUACCCUACAGGGACGAAUGAUAGGAUUAGUAGUUGCUGAGACCAAAGAGCUGGGACACCUGGCCAAGGAGGACAGGAGUAUCCUGGCAACCUGCUUCAAGAAGGGAACUAAAGUGGGAUACAUCCUUUCUCUUGGUGUAUGCGAGGAUUUCCGAAAGCAAGGAAUAGCAAGCCUUCUCCUAGAGAACCUUAUCUCUCAUCUCACCUCAGAUACAGCAUAUAACAGUGUUAAAGCUCUUUAUCUUCAUGUACUCACAACCAACUCACAGGCGAUAGCUUUCUACGAGCAUAGGGGAUUUGUGGUACAUUCCUUCCUACCGUACUACUACGCGAUCAAGGGGAAGCGUAAGGAUGGAUUCACGUAUGUCCUUUAUCUCAACGGAGGACAUCCAACCUGGGGGGCCCUCGACUACGUUAAAAGCUGCGCGCUACUUCUCUGUCAGCUGUCGCCUAUCAGAGCUCUCACAUUUUUAGGGCGGAAGCUUAGACUGCUCUGGACUGGAACUGUUCCGAAAUUAAGGCGGGUGGCGGAGAGCAGCUCUGCCUUGUUUUCUUGACCGCCCCGGGGAGAGAACCGGUUUUAGUCAAUCAGCUGUCAGAUAUUCUUUAUUACAACGUUAAACCUCGUUUACUACUCAACUAUAACCUGCAUCUUUACUCUAAACUUUACAGGGUGAAUCAUAUAUCUUAGAAUCUUAGUCAUCUCUUUGGAGUUAUUCCUUGUGAAUGUGGACGCUUUCUUGGUUGUUUUAACAAAAACUGAAACUGUGUCGAGACGUAAAAUGUUUGAGAAAUAGGCAAAAGAAAUGAAUGAACGUAUAGAUAGGGGAAAAAUCCAGUACAAAGAAAUAAUACAUAUAUAAGCAUAUUCUAAUGCCAUUCUAGUUAUCUACGGUCAGGCAUUGCAAGUGUACUGCACUUUCACUGUGACGUAGAAGUAUUAUCAAAACAAAACAAAUCGUCGGAAUCUCCCGGGCAGGGUAGUAGGACUGGUCUUGUAAAAUCAUUGUUUACUUUUUAUGACUUUAAGGUCCAAAUACAUGCAAACCCUAUUC